UGGCCGCGGCGGGCUGUUGGUGCUCUCCCUGGAGAAGCUGAGCUGCCCGGGUUGCUCUGGGCGCUCUCGGUGUGCUUGUUGGUGGCGAUGUUCCCGUCAGUGGCAGGAGCCAGGCCGCAGGCACGCGAAACUAGCGCCUCGGAACGCAGGAAAUGGGUGGAAGUAUUUAAAGCAUGUGACGAAGACAGCAAAGGCCACUUGAGCCGGGAGGACUUUAAGGUUGCUAUUGUAAUGCUGUUUGGAUACAAACCCUCCAAGAUAGAAGCGGAUUCUGUGAUGUCUUCAGUAAAUCCCAACACUUCUGGUGUAUCACUUGAGGGGUUUUUAGACAUUGUAAAGAGGAAGAAGGAAGCCCAACUCUAUCGGAAUGAGAUAAGGCACAUCUUCACAGCUUUCGAUGUGCACUAUCGUGGAUUUUUAACUCUAGAAGAUUUCAAAAGGGCUUUUAGUCGAGUGGCUCCCAAGCUGCCGGAGAGGACAGUGCUGGAGGUGUUCAGGGAAGCAGAUCAAGACUCAGACGGUCACGUCAGCUUCAGAGACUUUGAGUACGCCAUGAACUAUGGACAGGCAAAGUGAAGCCGGAUGCUUGUGGACUAUGCUUUUGGCAAUGCUCGGCAAAUCAAUGAAUUGUAAUCUAGUUAAAGGUCACACAGACCUCACUCUUUUAUGGUGCUGUGUACUUGUGAGUAAACUCUUAAUUAUAGUUUUGGGUGCUGAUAUUGGACCUAGAGGUAGGAAUCUCCUUCCGUGGCGCUAAGAGCCCUGAGUCAGGCUGCUCUUGCUGGCCCUGCCACCCAGUGAUUUUUUUUCCUUUCCACCCUGAUCUGCUCUGCACUGUGAGACGGAGGCUCUGCUCACAUUCCGCCCCUCGCCUGCCUGGGUCCCUAGCUCUCACCAGCUCUGGGAAGGGUUAGCUUUGUUCUGCUAGUGGUGUCAUCGUCCUUCAUUUAAGCUUGCUGUGGUCCAAGAAAUGAGCAAAUGCUAGGAAAACAAAGACUCCUCUUAUAUAAAGUCUCUGGAGUUCAAUCAGUGACAGGGCACUGGCUGUACCGAACACAGGGAACAGCUCAGGCCAGGCAGCCAGCCAUUCUUUAUACAGAGAAAACCAGAAUGCAACUGGGGUCUUAAUGGAAAAAAGGGUGUGAUUUUGGGUCGCUUUAAGAUAGCUUGGACCUGGGCUUCCUACUUCAGAGAAGCUAGCGUGAGCUGGCUAGCCUCUGCUGCAUACUUCUGGUUCUAGGUAGUUUUGCUGGGCACCUGAAACUUCAACCAUCUCGAACUGUAUGGAGUCUCCACACCAUACCACACCCCUAGGAUCCAGUGACUACUUUCCUGGAGCAAAUCGAGACACUGAGCAUACAACAUAACAUCUAUUAAAAAUAAUCCUGAAAUACUGA